AAAAAAAAAAAUAUGGCGUCAAAACAAAGUUUCUGCUAUAUGUCUACGUGAUGAGUUGUUUCUCUAAUAUCAUUCCACAUCAAUUUUUCAUAUCAAAAUAAAAAUAUAUAAAAAAUAUAAAAUGGAUAUUCAAAAAUAUACUUUACCUGAAAUACGUCAGGAUUUAAUUGAUAAUAAUUUGCAAGCUAAAGCUAUUAUACAAGAUAUCUUAUCCUAUCGUGGUUCCAUAACCGAUCUAGAAACACUCAAUGAAGUUGGUCGUUCCAAACUCGCAGCUCUAAGAAAAUGCAUUGAAAAACUCGAUGACUGGGCUCGCGACGUUGGCGACCCAGAAUUAUCCAAAGAAGUUGACACCCACCGUGAUCAAUUCUCCAAAACAUUGCAAGCAUUUAGAAAGGCUAAUGUCGCUACAAUGUUGGAAAUAGAAAAGGCAAAUCGUGAAGAACUCAUGGCCAUUACCGGAGAAACAGAUUUGCGCAAACGUACUGCCACCAGCAGUCGUCAUAACCGUUCCAGUUUGAUAUCCCAAGAGAAUAAUGUUACCGAAAAGAUGCUGUCCAUUUCGAGACAUUUGUCUGAAACCACUCAAAAGAGUGCCACAACCUUAGACACUUUAGUUAUGUCCUCGCAGAAUGUCGAUGCGACGCGUGAUGAAUUACAAAGCACUCACGGAACCAUCCACCAGUCGGGAAAGUUGCUACAAAAGUACGGCCGACGAGAAUGCACUGAUAAGAUUUUGUUAUUCUUUGCAUUUGUCUUCUUUCUUGCCUGUGUUUUCUACAUUGUUCAGAAAAGGCUUUUCUAGUUAAAAAUCGUUAUUCAUGUAAAAACAAACUAUUCCUAUUAUAUUGAAUUUAUCUAUUUUUAAAAAAAACUUUAACUACAAAAAAAAAAAAAAACAAA